UGGCGUUUAUUUGGGCUCGCCACCAGCUGACAAAAACGAAAAGCCAACGCGGAAGUAAAACUUCAAGCGGGUUUGUUUUGUUCUUGCCCACCAUUCUUUCCUCGUGGACGAAGCCGUACUAGCUGAAUACCCAACUCUCCGUCGACAGAAACAUGUCUAAACUACAAUUGUUUCGUGUGUUUGUAAAUGAGCGUUUAACAGCGGCAGCUGUGGAGAUUUUCGGGGCAGUUGAAGAAACGGUAGCGGACUACCAGGAGGAGAAUGAUCGGCUACGGAGACUGCUGCGGGUCACACCGGAGAUAAAACGAUGCAGAAUAGACUCCCUGCAGCUCUCUGUCUCUGAGGAGGAGGUUCUCCCUGAGCAGCAGCACUGUGAGCAGGAGUGGAGCCCCAGUCUGGGGCAGGAGAACCCAGAGCUUCCACAGAUUAAAGAGGAACAGGAGGAACUCAGGACCAGUCAGGAGGAAGAGCAGCUUCAAGGGCUGGAGGCUGAUAUCUUAGAGUUCCAAUUCACUCCUUCCUGUGUGAAAAGUGAAUGUGAUCAGGAGGACCCACUUCAGUCCUUGACUCUUCCCCAAACCCAGACUAUGGAGAACAGCGAGAGUGAUCCUAAACAAGUGGAUCUCACACCUUUUGUUACUGUGACCCACUUUAAGGGCCUCAGCAUUCCCUGUGACCCACCAGAUAAUACAAACAAUGCCUCUAGCCACAGCUCAGCCGUAAGCAGAAAUCCAGUACGACUUGACAGCAGCCCAUCAUUGGAUCCAAACCCAGCGAUGGGGGAACACUGUUUCAAACCCAGCACCACGUCUAGAAAAACUCACCACUGCCGUGACUGUGGUGAAAUGUUUGCUCUGAAAGCUGACCUGAAGAGUCAUGUGACUCUCGCCAUGCAGAGACCCAGCGAAUGCCUCGUCUGCAGAAAACACUACAACUCCAGCUGUAAACUGAAGGCCCAUGUCCGACUCUGUCGCGGUAGGAAACCCUGCACCAGCCCUGUUUGUAGCAAGACCUUCAAACUCAACGCAGAUCUGUCCAAGCACAUGAGGAUUCACACAGGGGAGAAAUCAUUUAGUUGUGGAGACUGUGGGAAGCGCUUCAAUCGCAAGGGGAACCUUAUUGAUCAUAUUCCUAUUCACACAGGAGAGAAAGCAUUUAGCUGUGCUGACUGCGGAAAAAGAUUCAGUCAGAAGGGGACCCUACGGAAGCAUAGACUGACUCACACAGGAGAGAAACAAUUUAUCUGUGGAGACUGUGGGAAAAGCUUCUAUCAGAGAGGGGACCUAAGUAGGCAUAUACGGACUCACACAGGAGAGAAACUUUUUAUAUGUGGUGACUGUGGGAAAAGCUUCAAUUUGAAGGGGAACCUAAAGAAGCAUGAACUGACUCACACAGAAGAUAAACCAUUUAGCUGUGCUGACUGUGGGAAAAGUUUCAAUCACAAGUCGAACUUACUGACGCAUGUUAAAAACAUCCACAAAGGAGGAAAACAGGAGGAAAUCUUAAAGAACUGUUUAGUCACAAAAUUAGAAUAAAAAGGCAGGAUGUGGACAAUACUCUGAGUACACGCUCAUAGACUCACAUCUAUUGGUUGGUGGAGGACGACACGAUGAUACCUCUCCUAGGGACCUGCUCUCCAUGCUUAAGGAUUAAAGUUCCUCUGGUCUCUGAUCUAUUCUAUUUUUUUAACCUGCUGUUUCUCUCCACAGUGCUCUCUGCUACUCUCUGGUCUACAUGGAGGGCCUAGCUUCUUUACAUCUGUCUGGAGGGAGAGAUAGAGGUCACAGAAUGAGGUUUCUAGUCUCAACACUCUCCAAGGCUUUUGAGAGGAAAAUACAUUUUUAGAAGAAAAUACCUGAAAGUGUCACAGGCCGUUUAACCCGUUUGUAAUAUGUAAAAUCUCCUGCUAAAUGGCAUAUACAAUGGAGUCUGAACUGAUUGACGUCCUUGAUAAAUAUGAGCAGUCAUGACUGUAUAAAAUAAAUCAUUCAAAUGCUGAGCUAUUUUGUAUGCUUACAAAAAUUGGGAAAGUAUAUUAUUUUAUAUUAAUACAAACAAAUGCUCAUAGAAAUAUAUUUUUUCUCUCAAAAGAUGGUAAACGUUGACACCCCUGGCGAUUCUAAUAAAUAAAGUAGAUGAAAUACGACAUCGAGCCUGUGACUCUAUGAACUGUACAAAAGUUUGUUUUCGUUUUGUGCCCAGUAGAAAUGAAUGGUAAAUCAUGUAUUGUCAUUUUGGAGUCAGUUUUAUUGCAAUAAGAGUACCUUUUGGGGGAGAAUUGUAUAAAAGAAUACCUUAUAGCUCAGUAUUAGAGUGAUUUAUUGUAUACAUUAUUGCUAAUCUUUAUCAAAGAUAAUUUGAUAAUCAAUUAUUGUAGAUCCCACUGUAUUAUGAACUCAGUGGUGACACUUUUGCUUUCCUACCACUAGAUGGCACUGUUUAGGAUGUCUCCCCACUAGAUUGCGCUGUUUAAGAUGUGACUGCAGUAUCUCAGUAUAUCAAACCUGUUAGUCAUUUCAUCUUGUUUUCCAGAGACCUAUGAGGGCAUAAACCAUUACUAAACACAUUGUAUUACAACCAAACAGGCUUAUGCUAAACUGAACCAGACAUGACUGACCUUGGGAAUGAGGGAAGAUGUUGUGUACUAUGGGGUCAGAGGUGACUGUAAAUCAGGAUUAGGUUCACAACACCAAGAGAGUCCAAAUAAACAGGUGUGUGUUGUCCAGAUUGACCACAAUGUGGAGGAGUGGGACUUUCACUUUAUGCAUUAGUCUAGUACAAUAGAAAGAGGUGUAGAUGAGGUAUCUGCUUAAAUGUUCCCAGAAAGAGGACAUAUUUUCAUUCUAUACAUACAGGCUUCUAGACUAAUGCAUGUUGAGUAAAUAAAACUAAACACAUUUGC